GUACCAUUAUUGUAUGUGCGAGGGCGAGGGAGAGGGAGAGGGGGAGAGAGGGAGAGAGGAGAAACAGAGAGAGAGGGAGAGGCAGAGAGCAUCGGAGAAAUGACCAAGAAUUCAGAUUCAGGGUUCAGUCCUAACUCAGAGUCCCAGGGCGUGGGUUCUGUUGACCCCCUUUUGAUCAUUUCAGAGCCACCUGAUUUAAAGAACUGGUUUUCGAGCUAUGAAUAUCGAUCUCCGGAACUUAACACUGCAGAUGGUUUAGAAAGUUGGAAUAGUAUGAUAGUAGAUGAUAGUGAAGAGGAUGAAGAAGUGUCGUUUGUUGAAGAUAGCAUUAAUGUAAAAGGUGAGGAUUUAGGGGUUUUCGAGGAACAUAAAUGUAGUGAGGAUGAGUGGAAAAGUAGUGAAGAAGUUGAAGGGAAUGACUUUAGUGAAGAGGGGUCUUAUGUGGACGAUAGUUUUAAGGUGAAAGAUGAGAAUUUAAGGGUAUUCGAGGACCUUGGAGAUUUGAGAAGGGAUGAAUGUAAUGAAGGGGAAACUUGUGUUGCAGAUAGCAUUAAAGUGGAAGGUGAGAAUUUGGGUGAAAUUGGGGGGUUAGAUAGUAUUGAUUUUGUAGGUUGUGGUGGUUAUAAAAGAGACGAUUGCAGCGAAGAGGAAACUUAUGUUGAAGAUAGCAUCAAACAAAAAGAUGAGAAAUCCAGGGUAUUACGAGAGACUGGAAAUGUUGACACUUUUGUUCAAGACAAAGUAGGCUCAGAAGGAUAUGUUGGAUGUGAGAACAAUAUUGAUAUUGAUGAUGCAAAUCAGGUUGCAGAUAUGUCAGACACCCUUAACUUUUCUUCUGAACCUCCUGACAUCAAGAAUUGGUUCUCAAGUUAUACAUAUGAAUCUCCAGCACUUGAUACAAAUGACGAAUUCAGAUUGUCUAGUUAUAAAAAAGGCAAGACCAAGCAAGCAGGGCUUCAUUUUGGAAUGAGCCUGAAAUCAGAAGAAGAGAAUGGCAUCGGAACUACAAAAACUCCUUAUAAUGAGGCUUCCAUUGGCAAACAGAUGGAUUCAGCUGGAUCUGUUAAAACUACCAGUUCUGCUGAAGAAAAAAGACAAGAUCACAAAAAUUGGGGCAUAAACUCAUGUUCAACAAUUAACCCGCCUUUCAAAGUGAUUUCCCAACAAAUUUUAGAAAGCAACUCAGCAUCAGAUAGCGAAGCUGUUUCAAUUGAAGAUGUUGAGUUUUCAGACCCGAAUACAAGAGAGAUUCCUAGAACACGAAAGAGAAAAUUCCCUCAGAAUGACUUUCAGAAACCAUUUGAAGCCCUUAAUAGUUCAGGCAAUGAAGAGAGCUCACCAAGAAAGUCAUUGAACAGAAGUAUUUAUGUGCAGGAAGACUCGGGAGGUAGAUCUCAAUCAGACAAGGAUAUGUUUGUAUCGCCUAAAAGUAAUUUGGACUUUGUAGCCAGCAGAAGGAGCUCCUCAAGAACCGAUAUGAGCAAUAACAAGGAAAAUGACAGAGCCAGUUGUGCAGCGAGUGGAUUUAUUUUAGCAAGAAAGAACAGGAGUUCAAGAGAAAAUGAUGAGAAUUCUCUAAUUAGGCCACCCACGGCCAAUUCUCAAUCUGUGAGAAAUGGAGUAAAAGUUUCAUCAGUUGGUAACAGAGCUGAGUACUUGAACAGAAGAGCUUUAACAGACACAACGAACACUCAACCCUCUGAUGUACUUGGAGUUGCUGGGAAAUGGAAGUGUCCCCAGAAAAGUAAGCCAAAUCUCGGCCCUCCUAUGAAGCAGCUUGGACUUGAGCGCUGGGUACGUCGUUUAUGAAAAUCAUUCUUUGUGCUCAAAGAUAUUGUUGGAGAUGCUGUUAAAGGCUAUACACUAUCUUUCUUUUAAAUUUGAGUUGAGCUGGAUUACUAGCUACAAAGUACUGCUGUAAUAAGCAAUUGAAUUGCACCCUUCAAUCUAUAAUACUGAGCUUUGCAUAAAUAGUGGACCGAUAAAUAGUAACAUUGUAUUCUCCAAA